CGUGAGCUCUGCUAGCGCAUUCCCAGCAUGUGCACCUAGAAAUCCGAUUCAUUCAUCCAGGGAUGAAGCAUUCGUAUGGGAACGACAGCGUCUGCAGCAAAGAGUGUUUGAAAUCUGUCUUAACAAGAUCAUUCGAGCUCGGAGGCAGAGACAGAGGAGGAGAGGGCAGCACGCAGAGAUGGAGAUGUGGAUGCUCGGCGGCUCCAGUCUGCAAUUAAGGGGCUGGCACAGAGGACGCGACCCGACCCGAGGAUUGGGUAGCACCCACCGGAUGCUGUGACCAAAAUCAGCUAGUUGUCACUCCAACUCUGCAACUCACAUGUGUGUCAAAACAACUUUCCCUAAACGGAAGGAGAACUUGGGGUCUCCGUGUUCAUCAGCUACUUCGAACAUCAUUAUUAGCACAACAGGAUUCGACUUGGUGGAUCAUCAUUCAUGUCUGUACUGACAUGACUCAGGACCGACUCUGGAGAUGCCGAAGAGACGAGACAUCAUUGCCAUUGUAUUGAUUGUGUUGCCUUGGACGCUGCUCAUCACUGUUUGGCACCAGAACAACAUUACUUCUCUGCUUGCUGCUCAAAAGGAUGACACACAUGAUGGUCGCUCCAACUCCAGAAACACCCAUGCUUUCAAGGAACCCUACGCACCUCAGAACCGGGAGAUUGUGGAGGUGGUACGCACCGAGUAUGUUUACAGCAGGCCUCCGCCCUGGUCAGACAUCCUCCCCACUAUCUACGUCAUCACACCUACUUACAGCCGUCCAGUGCAGAAGGCAGAGCUGACACGCCUGGCCAACACUUUGCUCCACGUAUCCAACCUGCACUGGAUCGUGGUGGAGGACUCCUACAGGAGGACCACUCUGGUUAGCCAUCUCCUCCAGGACACGAGGAUCAACUACACCCACCUCAAUGUGGAGACUCCUAUGAACUAUAAAGUACGUGGGGAUGCUAGGAACCCUAGAGUACCACGGGGCACCUUACAGAGGAACUUGGCUCUGCGGUGGCUACGGGAGACCUUUAGCGUCAAUAACAGCCAGCCUGGGGUUGUUUAUUUUGCAGAUGAUGACAACACAUACAGUCUGGAGCUGUUUGAAGAGAUGCGCUUCACUGAAAAGGUGUCAGUGUGGCCCGUGGCAUUUGUAGGUGGCUUACGAUACGAGUCUCCCAAAGUAAACACCUUAGGUAAGGUGUACGGCUGGAAAACUGUUUUCGACCCACACCGGCCCUUUGCCAUUGACAUGGCUGGGUUUGCUGUGAACCUGAGCCUCAUUCUGUCCAAACCUCAGGCUUAUUUCAAGUUACGAGGGGUGAAAGGAGGAUAUCAAGAGAGCAGCUUAUUAAAGGAACUGGUCACCCUGAGUGACUUGGAGCCUAAAGCCUCUAACUGCACUAAGGUAUUAGUAUGGCACACACGGACAGAGAAGCCUGUGCUGGUAAAUGAGGGCAAGAAAGGAUUUACAGACUCUAACGUGGAGAUAUGACAUACUUCAUCUGACACAGGAAUCUCCACUGGAUUCUUUCUGGACUCAAACCAACCUCAGAGCUCCAAGGGUCAACAAUUGCUACUGCACAACAGCUGCAGUUCACUGGAGCUUUUAAAUGGAGGCACAAGGCCAUGUACAUGUACCAAACAUGUAGCAUUAAAGCACAACUACACGGAAACAAGGCAGUCUGGACUGUACAGAGCAUUGGUCACCAAUGGCAGGAGUUGCCAAGAGGAGCUU